AUGUGCUUCUCACACCGACGAUCGACCCAAAACUACCACGAUAUCUGGAAAUCGACAGUCGGCAUAAUUUUCAUGGGAACGCCACAUCGCGGAAGCAAGCAAUCCAGAUCUGCGAUAGCCGCUGCGUCCUUGCUUGGCAUGUUCAUGGACACAAAUAUCAACCUCCUCGAAAUAUUGAACGAGAGCUCCGAGCUGCGUGACCGUUUGGACGAGGAGUUUCAAGCCUUACAGGAAUCUAGGCGAAUCCCUAUCAGCUGCUUCUGGGAAGCACUACCAAGCAAGCGAGGAGGUAUCAUUGUGCCGAAAGAAUCGGCGACACUUGAUGGUGACAGGGGGAGAGCUAUACAUGCGGAUCACAGCAGCAUGGUCAAAUUUACUAGUGCGACAGAUGAAGGCUACAAAGCUGUGAGGAGCACAAUCAAAGACAUGUUAAAUUGCUUGGGUAUAAGUGCGACUGGCCCUGCAGAAACGAUCCACAAACGAGCAGCCAUUUGGGGAGUCGGAGGCAUGGGGAAAACACAACUAGCCGUGCAGUGGGUCGCUGAAAUGAAUGAGAAACAUGGACUCUCAGUGUUUUGGGUACAUGGCGGCAGCAAUGAGCGAUUUGUCGAGUCAUACUCCAAGAUCGCUCGUUGCUGCAAGAUUCCAGGCUGUGGUGUCGACAACCCACAGCUACCCCAAACUACCAUGCUUGAGAAUGUUAAAAAGUGGUUCGAAGAUCAAGCGCAGAAAGGCUCUUGGGUAAUGGUGGUUGAUAACAUUGACGACGUCAAGGUAUUUGGUGAAACCAAGGAUCUAGACACAGCUCCAGUAAUGCUACGAGACUAUCUUCCGAGCUGCGACCAUGGAUCUAUACUCUUUACCACACGGAGCAGAGAGAUAGCGGAGAUCCUGGCAGACCCAGACAGAACUGUCAGGGUCGACGAGAUGACAACCGAUGACUGCAUUGAGUUGAUGCGAAAAAAGCUCGCUUCCGCGGAAUACGAUGACGCGAACCUGGCAGAAUUAGCAGCGGAACUCGAAUAUCUACCAUUGGCCUUGAUACAAGCUACGGCCUAUUUGUCCAAGAGAAAGGAACAGAUUUCGAGAUACUUGCAGCGUUUGAGAUAUGCUCGAAGCCUGAUUGUAAACCGACUUGAUGAACUUGAAGCCACGGUUCUCAAAGAUGAAGACGGGAGGUACAGCGCCGUGGCAAGAACGUUGGUGAUAACAUUCGAUGCAAUACAGUCGGAGAAUACUUUAGCCAUGGAGCUUCUCCAACUUAUGAGCUUCUACGAGAGGCAGGAAAUACCUCGGUCACUCUUCAUCUGCUACGCCCACAACUAUGAGCUUUUUACUACUGGAAUCUUUGUUCGUGGCCCUGAAUGGGACGACUGGCAGCCAGCAGGAAAUAUAUCACCUCCUACAAACGACCAAAUCAACCAAGCCUUGUCGCUUCUUGAGCAAUACUCUGCCUUAACUAAAGGUCGUGAUGAAGGAGCCGUGACACUGCACCGGCUAGUACACAUUGUCCUGCGCAGCCAGGUAAAGAGCAACCACGACACGGCGAGGGAAAUGGCAGCCAAAGCCAUGGCUAUCAUGUGUAAUACAUUCCCUGUGCCUAACGCUGACAAUUGGACCGAGAUGCAACAACUCAUGCCACACGCCAAAGCGGUGCUAAACGAAGAAGAUAUGGACCUAGACAGUGGACUGGCAAUCAACAGCAAAUUCAGGCUUCUCAGCCACAUCACCGAGUUUGUCUCACAGUUUCUCCAAGACAAAAACCACCCCAUAGAUCCAUUAUCGCCAGCUUGGGAGAGUGUCUUGAACAAGAUGGACGAGGUCCUGGGCAUCUACCACAGCCGGAGUCUGCAGGCCAAGCUAGACCACGUUCGGUUCUUCCAACCCGACAAUCGCGAUAAAGUCAAAGCACUAGUUACAGAAAUACAGGACAAGAUUGGAGACGAUGAGCGUUGGUUGUCAGCCAAGACAAAUCUUGCAUCUAUUCUGUGCCGCUCCGGGUACAUGGAAGAGGCUGGCUCCUUUCUAGACUCAUUCAUCGACCAGGUUUUCAAAAGCAAAGGCUCGUCGAAUCCCAUAACGAAUGCAGCUGUGUGGUACCGCGCGCGCGCAUUUGCACUGCUAGGCCAGCUCGAUGAGGCACUGGCCCUGAUAAGAGAGAGGAUGCGCGUACAAGGACAAGAGGGGGAAGAUUACGCAGUCGCUCGUCUCGUGCUAUUUGCCGGACUUUUAAAUGCUGCGUCUGGAAACGACGAUGAGGCCUUGGGUUUAUGGACACUGUACCUGCGUCAGGUUGAGCGUUUUUGGGCACAAGAUCACUUGAUGGUUGUGGAGCAUAAGGAAGACCUUCUCAGGGCCAAAGAGUCUUUCUAUUCAGGCCGGCCUAUUUACGAGAGCAAUUACGAGGCCAUGCGCCAUAAAGAAGCAGCUGACAAACGAAAAGGCUCCAGCAUACUUGAUAAUACUAGUGCGUCGGCCCGGAUAACAAGUAUUCUCAGCCAGUAUAAUAAGGGACAGGCACAACAUGGUACCCUUAGCAGCCAUGACUGGCGAUGCGCGUGGUCCUGGACCUAUUUUCCGGCUCUUAAGCAAGACUGGGCAUUGUGCAAGCGGGAGCUAGAGGCAGAUGGGUUUGAUAUCGGGCCGCCAUUGGAGAAUACAGAAUGUUUGGACUAG